CAGUAUUCAGUUGUCAAUAUUGAAUAAGUUUCUUGAAUAAUUAAAAUAAUAUUGAAUUGAAUUAAAGUAAAAAUAAAUUAUGUCAAUAGUGUUAACAAAAGCAGCACUUGCAUUGAAAAAUGCCGAAAGUAAUUUUCAAGUUGUUAAGUUUGAAGCCCACAAACCUAAAAAGAAAAGAAAUUCUAAAGUCGAGAACGUGGAAGAAUCUGAAUCAACAGGACCUGUGAAAAAAGAUUUAGAUUUAAAAAAAAUUAGACACGAAAUUGUUAAAUUUGGAAUGUCUGGUUUUGAUGCUACAAAAAAGCAGGAAGCUAAAAUAGCUUUAGCUGUUAGUUUAGGAGCAAAACCACCUAAACGUGAGUACAUAAAUUGUAAAGAGCUGAUGCAAAAACGGAAAAAAGAAAAACAAAAACUGAAUGAAGAAAAGAAGAUGAUGAUAUCAAAGAGUAUUCUUAACACGGGAAUUAAGAAGAAAAAGAAGGGAGUAAACAAUGAUGUGGGACAUCUAUUAAGCAGUUAUGGAAAGAUACAGAAAAAAGAUUUGAAAAAAGACAACAAUAAAGGUACCGGAAAGAAGAAAAAGAAAUAGAAGUGAUUUUUUUUUAUUGCUGUAAACGUUUUUCAGCUUAAUGUAAAUACUUUUUAAAAUAAUUAUAAAGUUCG